AUGGGUCAAGAAACAUCGAGGAAUAUUGCUAAUGCCACUUUCUUCACGUAUCGCGGCGAGCAAUACGCUCUUGGUAAAACAGCGUUUGUCUACCAAUGUAAACCAGGAUAUGUAUACGCACAAGGAUCAGCACAUCUUGAGAGUAAGAAGCAAACGAUAAUGUGUAAUGGUGAUACGAGACGGUAUGAAGAUGUAGAAUCACGAUCGACCGAUCCGCAACCUGAGCAGUGUGUCAGACCACCGAAUGCCAAUGAGUGUAAGGUGAAGCAACUUCUUUACAAAGUCUGUCUUUUAGCACUGAAGUCCUAG